GGGGGGGGGUGGCUCUCCGGGCGACCGACCGUGCUUCAGAGGCAGACGCUGCUGGUUUCUUAGAGCAGCACUGGAGCAGGAAGAGCUCCGAUUGUGCCGGAGGUGAACGUGAAUGCUGGCUGAGCUUUAAACCCUGCGUGUAUCCAUCCGCCCGUCUGGACGCGCCUCACUUUUCCUUCUUGUGCGUUUGGAGUUUUUUUUAGUUUUUUUUUUAAUCUUGAACAUUGUGGCUCUUGGCUUGGCCUACACAGCAGUGCUAGUUGAAGUGUUGAGCCACAGGUCUGCAUGUCAUGGGCUGUGUCUUCUCGCUGCCAGAGGACAGGAGAGAUGCUGCUGAGAGAACACCCACUGCUCGGGAGACGAGUUUCAUCGAGAAAAUGAAGAAAACUGGGAAGAACAUCAUUGUUUUCUACGGCUCUCAGACGGGUACAGGAGAGGAAUUUGCCAACAGGCUGGCCAAAGACGCUCAGCGCUACGGCAUGAAAGGAAUGGCUGCCGAUCCGGAGGAGUACAGCAUGGGGGAGCUGGCCCGUCUGGCAGAGAUUCAGAACUCCCUGGCCAUAUUCUGCAUGGCCACGUACGGAGAGGGCGACCCCACAGAUAACGCCCAGGACUUUUACGACUGGCUGCAGGAGAACGACGACGAAGACCUCUCCGGGCUGAACUACACAGUGUUUGCUUUGGGCAAUAAGACAUACGAACACUACAACGCAAUGGGAAAAUAUGUCGACAAAAGGCUGGAGGAACUGGGAGCCAAGCGCAUCUUUGAUCUUGGUUUAGGCGACGACGACGGCAACCUCGAGGAGGACUUCAUCUCCUGGAGAGAGCAGUUCUGGCCGGCAGUCUGUGAGCACUUUGGCGUGGAGGCUUCAGGAGAUGAUUCGAGCAUUCGGCAGUACGAGCUGAAGGUACACAAUGACAUCAACAUGAACAAGGUGUUCACAGGAGAGAUUGGCCGUCUGAAGAGUUUUGAAGUCCAAAAGCCGCCCUUUGAUUCCAAAAACCCUUUCCUGGCUCCAGUCACUGUCAACCGUAAACUGAACAAAGCUGGCGACAGGCACCUCAUGCACCUGGAGUUGGACAUCACGGGCUCCAAGAUCAGAUACGAGUCAGGAGACCACGUCGCCGUCUUCCCCACAAAUGACUCCGAGCUGGUGAACAAGCUGGGAGAGAUCCUUGGCGUGGACCUUGAUGUUGUUAUCUCUCUCAAUAACCUUGAUGAGGAGUCCAACAAAAAGCAUCCGUUCCCCUGUCCCACCACCUACCGCACGGCCCUCACUCACUACUUGGACAUCACAAACCCGCCUCGUACCAACGUCCUGUAUGAGCUGGCGCAGUACGCCUCCGACCCCAAGGAUCAGGAGAACAUGCGAAAGAUGGCUUCCUCCUCCCCCGAGGGCAAGGCUCUCUACCAGAGCUGGGUGCUGGACUCCUGCAGAAACAUCCGGGCCAUCCUAGAGGACAUGCCGUCUCUGAAGCCCCCUAUUGACCACCUAUGUGAGCUGCUGCCUCGUCUCCAGGCUCGCUACUACUCCAUCGCCUCGUCGUCUAAAGUUCACCCCAACAGCAUCCAUAUCUGUGCCGUGGUGGUGGAGUACGAGACCAAGACGGGCCGCGUCAACAAGGGAGUUGCAACCAACUGGCUGAAGAACAAACUCGUCAACGGCCACAAGUCCACCGUCCCCAUGUACAUCCGCAAGUCGCAGUUCCGCCUGCCGUUCAAGGCCUCCAACCCGGUGAUCAUGAUUGGCCCUGGCACCGGCAUCGCUCCCUUCAUGGGCUUCAUCCAGGAGAGAGGCUGGCUCAAAGAGCAAGGGAAGGAUGUCGGAGAGACGGUGAUGUAUUUCGGCUGCAGACACAAGAACGAGGAUUAUAUUUACCAGGAGGAGCUGGAGGAGGCAGAGAAGAAGGGAGUCUUAACGCAGCUCAAUGUUGCGUUCUCCAGAGACCAGGCACAUAAGGUAUACGUGCAGCAUGACCUGAAGAAGAACAAGGAGCACGUCUGGAAGCUCAUCCACACAGACAACGCUCACAUCUACGUCUGCGGAGACGCGAGGAACAUGGCUAAAGACGUGCAGACGGCUUUCUACGAGAUCGCGGAGGAAUUCGGAGGCAUGACGCGCACCCAGGCCACAGAUUACGUCAAGAAACUGAUGACCAAGGGACGCUACUCACAGGACGUCUGGAGCUAAGGAGCCUCCGGCACGAAGCCUCACUCUUCACUUCUGAAGUGAUAGUUUUAAAGUUCCUGUUUUUACUGUUUGCAUUCAUCAGGACUGAAUAUGAAAACAAUAAAAGUCUUCUUAAUAUCCCCCCCCGUCUCCCCCCCACCGGUUCAUGAGGGCUACAGGUAGCAGCGGAUGAUGAGGGCAAACCCUACCUCAGCAGCUCCAGGAGUUCACAUCAGCGUUUCUUACCUUCGCGUCCUGCAUUACAUGUUUCCGUACCCCCCAGCGCACGCAGGCUCAGGUCCUCAUUUUGACCCGCGGUGUCCGGCCUGACAGAGAUUUACCGCUUUGGUUUCCAGAGACCGUCAGGAGUCUCUCGUAUAAAUUAAAAAAAAAAUGGUUAAAAUGUUUGAAGAAGCAACCCGGUGGUUUGAAAUUCCUUUUUAUAGAGAAAGCUUAAAUCAGCUCAGAGUCACGCAUGGAGAUGGAUCAUAUAAUGUUUCUGGAAUCUGCAGUUUUUCCACCUUUUUAGCUGCAGGUAAAAGAGGGUUGCAUGGACCUGGUGCGGCCUGACCACGCAGAAAGGGUGCCGACUUUCUGCUUGUCUCUGAGCUGAUCUGGUAGUACUUUAAGUACUUUAAAUGUGUAAAAUACCUCUACAAGGAAAACAUCUUCAUUAGUACAUUAAUGUUUAUCUAUGUACGUUGACCAGGGAACUGUAUGCAGAAACUUAAUGGUUCAGUAACUUUGAAAAUGAUGAUGAUCCACGGAAAAGCAUGAGAUUAUGUGCAUUUGAAGUCCAUUCUGUCUCCUGCUUUUAAACGAGCAGGAAAGCAACAUGUGUUUGGAACAUUUGAAACGCUACAUUUUAAAACUUGACCGUUUGCAAUGACAGCUUUAUAUGAAUCAGAUACCACAGAGGAAAUAUGGAUUGAACUUUAAUGUGAGAACUCUAUCUGUGUGAUGUUUUUUUUUUUUUUUUUGUUUUUUUGUCUUACUGUGUAUGUACCACCAUGUAGAGACCACCAAACAGAAGUUUAUAUUGUGUGCGUUCGCUCUCGGUCUGUGCUCCUUCUCUCAGAACAUACGAAGGGGGGGCGAUGGAGGUCAGCCAACCAUCCGAAGUCCGGUCUGUGCCUUUUUUAACCUCUGCCUUAUUGUAAGAUGUUUGCAUUAAAAGCAUGACAUUGUAGAGUUUUUAUUUUCUUCCAGGCUUACAUUUUCAUAGUAAAAUUAAAAUCUCAAGAGACACUUUAUCUGGCGCUGUCACUUUCUUUGCCAUUACACUUUGUAAUGUCGUUAUUUGUACGGAGGCAUGCAUUUUUAAUGAAUAAAAUUGGACUAAUUUGU